ACAUCGUCAUCUGCUAACAUAUUAUUAUAAUGUGACGGGUCGGAGAUGCGUUACUACGCGGCCAGCGUUGAUAGAUAUAAUAUUCACGGUCGCAUCGGUCGGUGCACGCGUGCUCGCGGUUCAUCUUCGCGGCGCAUCUAAAUAUUAUUUCGCACGAUAAAACGCCGGUGAAUCGUUUCCCGUCGGCACAGCGACAAUACCUAACCCGUAACCGCUAUUAUUCCGUCCGCUUUUCUUCUGGCUUGACGCGACGACGAUGGCAGAUCGCCGCACCGACGACGCCACGUGGUCGUCCCGCAUGGAUUACCUGAGCACGGUCGUAUUCCCGCGGGCCGUGGCCGACGGCGCGUUCGGACGGGGAGCCGUGUACGCGUCUUUUCGCGCGGACGACCGAGACGGCGCGGCGGCGGCGGCGGCCGGCGACCAGUUCAUGUCCGACAUCGUUUUCGGCACGGUCGAGCUGACCACCGGAGCCGAGUGGCCGGCGGACGGCGUGCCCGUCGUGGUCAAGUUCAAGAACGCCGACGACCGCAUGUCGGCCAUGAUGAACAUGCACCAAAAGUUCUACAACGAGUACGUGUUCUACGCCCGUCUGCUGCCCAAGCUGGCCGCGUGCGCCGCCGACCCGGCCGCCGCGUUUGCGCUGUUCCCGCGGUUCUUGUAUUCGAACGCGACUGCGGACGGCGACGCGGCCGGCGGACAGCAGCAGGUGAUCGUCCUGGCCAGCCUGGCGCCCGCCGGUUUUCGCGCGGCCGACGAACGGGUGUUCCUGGACGCCGAACACAUACUGCUAGCGAUCCGCAAGUUGGGCGCCCUGCACGGGCUGUCGUACAACGCCAAAGCCGACGGCCGCGGCGCGGGACCACCGCCGUUCGCCGAUCUCUGCACCACCGCCCUGGUCGAGACACAGUGGUACGACGGACACUGGUACAAGAGUCCGCGUUUCUUGUCAGGAACCGGUAACCGGGGCGUGAACGCGUUACGCGACUCGGAUACGAGUGGCGAGUACGAGGCAGCACUGGGCAGGAUGAAGGACACGCUGAGCGGCGAGAGCGCGACGAUGGCCGGGCUACUGCGGCCGGUCGAGCCGCUGGCCGUGCUGUGCCACGGCGACUUCUGCCGCAACAAUCUGCUGUACCGGUACGACCCGGUCACCGGGCGGCCCGUGGACGUCGUCUUGCUGGACCCGGCGCAGGCGAGGUACGCGUCCCCGGCCAUCGAUCUCUCGUUUUUUCUGUACAUGAACACAACGGACGCCAACCGGGCCGCUCACUGGGACCGGUACGUGGCCGCCUACCUGGACGGCGUCGCAGACGUGACGCCCGACGGCCGGCCCGUACCGCUGACCGCCGACGACGUGCACGCCGAGAUGCGCGCGCACGGCUUGUACGGCUACGCGCACUGUUCGUUUUUCUUGCCGGCCAUGGUGAACGCGGUGCCGCCCGACGUGGAGCGGCUGACUACGUCCACACCCGAUGAGCGCAUCGCACUCAUCAACGAGUCCGGCGGACAGGAGGCUGACCGGUUGCUGUCGUCCAUCGUCAGACACAUGGCGGACCGCGGGUACGUCUGAUGACGGCCGACGAUGACCGACGACGACCGCUGCGACACGAGUGCUGCGUCACACUCCACGUCCCGCGCGCCCGUAAAUAGUUUGUGAAAACCAUGCGAAAAGAAACCCCUCAUAGGCUACGGCAGUAGUUGGAAAAUCAUACACAAGACAAUUCUAUUUCUAUACCAACACUGUAUCGUAGUAAUGUUUUUUUCUUCGUUUUAAUUUUUUUUUUUUUUGUCUGCUUAAUAUAUCACAUUAAAAUAAAAACUGUUAUUUAAGUUUAUAAAAAAUUACCACACAAAGAACCACUCACUUUUUUACAUAUCAUCGCACUCCACCUCGUAAAUUAUACGCAUUAUCAAAUGCUUUACAAUCACGUCAAAUAAAUAAAUUAUAUUAUUGGAUUUUAAAACCAUAUAUAAUAUUGCUCUAUUUGUGUUAAUGGUAUAUUAAAUAAAAAAAAUUUUUAAAAAUAUACGACACACCAAAUAUUUUUUCCUUUAUCGCGCUUAAUUUGUUUUUAAAAUUGGCUAUAUUAAACCCAUUAUAAAUCUGAAGAUAUCAUUAAUUAAAAAAAAGUAAAGGUUGUUUAAAUAUUCAUUAUCGUAAUGGUUUUCAAAUUUAAAUAACUGAUUUUAUAUAAAUUAUAUUGAUAUUAUGAAAGUAUUACGACACAGACAAUGUAUUCUUUUAUAUCGUGUGUUGAUUUGAUGCAUCCAACUUUAACUGUAACCUAAAUGUCCGAGUGGUUUUAAAAAUGCAAAAACAGUUUUCACAAACAAUUUACGGGUGUGUGACAUAUUGACGUUAACGGAUCUCCACUACACCAUGUUGAACUGUUCCAUAAAUUUAACAUGAAAAAAUAAAAUUUCGACAGAUAACCCGUCGGUUUUUAGUUUAUUAUCUACAAUUUGAAUACAUUAUUCAACUCUACGAGACACAAUGACACGGUAUAGCGGAAACCCAGUCAAUACUUACAUCUGUAUAUUGGUGUGUGCACUUAACUACUUUAUGAUAAUUAAUAAUUAAUUAUUAUAAUAUAUGCGUAUGCCUGUAGGUGUUUGAUACAAUACCAUGACGUUUAUACGCAUUAUACUAUACUAUUAUUAAUUAUUAUAUACUUAGAUUAAUAUACGGUACAACUUCUGUUUAUUGUCUUUUGAAGUUUUGUAAUUAUAUGUUUGUGGUCACCGUUGGUUUUUUUUUAAUGCAGUAGUAUAUCCAGUAAAACCAAAAAACAAUCCAUGAAGUAUCCUUCUCAUCUACCUACACGUAAUAUUACUAGUUUAAUUUUUAUACUAUUUAUAAAUAAAUAUGACUUAAAUUUAUUCUUAUUAUUUUCAUUAUUAUUAUUAUAUUUAUAAUCGUUUAUUAUUUUGUGUUCAACUGUUGAUGUCGUCGUCAUUAAAUUAUUAUCAAAUGCAUUUGAUAGAAGUAA